CACGUUUGGCUUUAAGGUUCCAAAAAACUCUUCAGUAACACGAUUGUUCGGAGAGUAGUAGAUGGCGGGAGUGAUCUCCGUGUGAUAUAACUGUGUUAGAUUAGUUUUUAAAUUUUUAGUGUAUAUUAUAGAAUAGUUAUAAAAAUGACUAGAGCUAAAAUAGAACUAGGCGAUGUGACGCCUCACAAUAUAAAACAACUAAAAAAGCUUAACACAGUUGUAUUCCCCGUGUCAUACAACGAUAAGUUCUACAAGGAUGUAUUGGAGGCAGGUGAAUUGGCCAAGCUAGUUUACUACAAUGAUAUUGUGGUGGGUGCAGUUUGCUGUAGGAUAGACACGUCGGAGAACUCCCGGAGAUUGUACAUAAUGACGCUAGGGUGCCUGUACCCAUACAGAAGAUUGGGCAUUGGGACUCUCAUGGUGGAACAUGUGCUCAAAUAUGUUGAACAAGAGGGCAAUUUUGACAGCAUUUUCUUACAUGUCCAAGUAAACAAUGAAGGUGCAAUAGAUUUCUACAAGAAGUUUGGCUUUGAAAUUGUGGAGACGAAAGAGCACUACUACAAGAGGAUAGAGCCAGCAGAUGCACAUGUGUUACAGAAGACCAUUAGACAACCUCAGAGUGCUCCCCUGUCUAAUGGGACUGUGCCACAUGCCAAAACUAAUGGGCAUGAUUGAGCUAGAAUGUGUAACUCGGUAUGUACAAAAAGCUGAAAUUUCCAUUGUAUGAUGAAAAUAGUGCUAUGACAGGCUUCAUACAGUUGAAUUAUUAUUAGUUGUUGCAUAUUUAUUUGUCUGUUUCUCAUCAAGUAUUUUGUGGCAGUUGAAACUACAACUGCUACUGUGCUAUAACUGAAAAAGGUACUUUUUAGUAGAAAGUAGGUCUUCCGUUCCAUUCUAAUUUGAAUCUUUAUUUUGAUAAAUCUAAAUGGUAUGUCUUGGCAAGUUUUGAUGUCUGGGCGGCUAGAGUUUAAAGCAACAUGGGCCAUGGCAAGUUAAAUUAGUAGUGCUAACUGUACUUUUUUAUUUAUUUUUUUAUUUAUUAGAGCUCCAUUAAUCUAAAGAGAAUUUUAUAGACAUAUAUAUUUUAAAUUUUAUUUUAUUUUUCUGCCUUAGACCCCUUCUAGGUAAAAGCCUCCUCCAACUGUCUCCAUCUGUCUUUGUCUUUUGCUAUGCUUUGCCAUUCUUUGCCCACAGUAGCAAAAAUUUCGUCCUGCCAUCUGGCUAGUGGAUGUCCUCUCUUUGUAGAGCCCUGGGGCCCUUCUCAUUUGGUCACCUUUCCUGUCCACCUCCUGUCAUUGAGCCUUGCCACAUGACCAGCUCAUCUCCAUUUCAUGCUCUCAGCAAAGUGUAAGGCAUCAGUUACUUGUGUCCUUUUUCUAAUAUUGGAGCAUCUUAUUCUGUCUUUUAGUUUUAUAACAGUUUUGAAUGAUUCACGGUUAGUUUCACUAGACUUACAUUGACCGGGAUAUAUAAACGGUGAUUACCUCUUAUAUAUUGUUUUUAUGGAGCUCCUGAUAUUUCGUUGAAGUUAAGUGCAUCUUGUUCACGAAGUUAAGUGCAUCUUGUUCACGGGUAACUGGAGAUGGCAGGUGGGUGUCAAAGUUGUGUAUACCGCAGCUUGGUCUACCCUCAGUCGUGCGCGUCGGCUGCGUUUGCUUUCAACAUUACCACUGAUAGCGUCCACACUUGUUAGUCUAUCUAAGCACACCACACUCACAGUGUCACUACGCAUGUUUGAUAAAAGGUAAUCACGGUUUAUAUCCCGGUCAGUUUUAGUUUUAUGCUUAAACAGUACAGGAAGUUGUGAUUAUUUCUUAGUGACUGACUGUACUUGUUUGGGUUCAAUUGCUGUUGUGUCACAAUGUCUUUCAAAAUAUUCUAAAAUAGUUUGACUUUGUAUGAUAUAAGCACACAAAUGCUUUUUGGAUUUUUUUCUAUAUUUUCGUAAUUUGGUUUCUCUAUUGAUUUUAUAUGAUUUUUUUUAUCUAGCCUAUUGCCACAGCUCAUAAUUCGAAUUAGUGUUAAACUCAAAUUUUCUGGACAAGUAUUCUAUUCCUGUGAUAAUUGUAUAUUGCUUGGUAAUUUGAAGGUUAUAUAGUGACAUUUAAUAAUAAUUUAACUGACAGAAGUGUUUACUACUUGAUACAGUGCAAGAAAUCAUCAUAGAAAGGAUAAGGUCAUAAUUGUGAAGCGAAGUGAUACAACAUUUGUAUAAAACAUAAGUCACUCACUAAGUAUACAGACAGUCAUAAAUUAAUGUUAAGCCAGAGGCCUACAAAUGUAACUUUGCCUGUGUGUCAAACCAAUAAGAUAGGUGUAAAACAGAAAAAAAAUACUAGCCUUAUUUUAGCCUAUGGGUUCCCAAAGUGUGCGCCGCGGCGCCCUGGUGCGCCGUAGAAAGUAAAGAGGGGCGCCGUGAGUUCUAUCAUUAUCCGAAACCACAAAUUUUCGCGGGUACCUAUUUGAGCGCUCGCAUCGGUAAAUAAUAUAGCGUCGUGUCACUCUUUUUCGACCGUGAUUUUAAAUUUACAAGGGCGCCGUUGCAAAAUACUAAACUCGUAACUGCGCCGCAUGUUGAAAAAGAUUGGGAACCCCUGGCCUAUACACCAUGGCCUGGUAAAAACCCAACAGAUUUCGAAGGUGUUUUUGACCACAUUUUGAGGCUAAAAUGUCAUACAAAGUUUUCUGAUAUUGUCUUGUUUUAGAGACAAUUCUUGUGAAAAUUUGUUUCUGUAAUAACUUAGUAAAAAACACCUUUUUGGUUGCAACACUGCCUCUAUGUGACUUGGUGUAGACAUACCCUUGGUUUGGUUUGUGUACUCACAGACAUUAAAGUUUUAAAGGAAACUUUUAUAUCUAAACAAAGAAAAAAAUACUUUUUCAUUGUAAUUUUUUUUGACAAGAUGUAAAAAGAAAUAACAUGUUGUGUGCAGAAAAAUAAAACAAAAUUUUUGUUGCUGAAUUUGACCAAAACUCACAUAACAUUUUUCGGAUUUUACCAUCCUACUUUGUAUAGGUACAGUCAAUGUAUGAAAUAUUGACACAGAAAAAGUGCCAAAACUAUGUAUACACUACCAUAUUGCCCAUACAUUAAGGUAUUGUGCACAUAUUUUUGGCACUUUGUUGGUGUCAAUAUUUAAUACCUUAACUGUACAUAGAUAGCACUUUAAUUUAUGUGGAAUAUCCCAAUAAGGUCUUGUACUCAAUAUUUUUCACUAGUUACUUAAUAUAAAUGAUCUGUUAGAGAUCAUUAUUUUUUACAGACAACAUGCAAUUUUUACUUGUACAUUGAAAUACAUAAAUGAAGUAAUUUUCAUUAUAUUUCUUAAUUUAUUCAAUUUUUUACUUCAAGCAAUAAGGAAAAGCAUACAUACAUUUAAAUAAAUAAAUGACCUUUUAAUAUUGUAGACAUGAAAAAAGGCUAGUUCAAUUUUACUGAUUUCUAGGAUUUAAGUUUUAGCAUAAUAUGAAAUUUAUUACUGGCAAUAGAUAUUAAAAAAAGAUAACUACAUACUCAGUUUAAAAAAUUGUUUUAGCAUUGUGUACAAUGUAAUAAUGGAAUUAACUUUUUUAUGUAAGAAACUAAGUAGAAUGUCUUUCUGGCCUCUUUUGGAUUGACCUAACUUGACUUCAUAUAAUAUUCGAAUAUUUAUUGGCAUCCACAAGAAAAUAGGGUAAACAGUUUCAUGGCAAAGUUACGCUGUUGGUUGCAUUGCAAUAUAUGUUAUAGAUGGACUUAAGAAUGUGGUUGUGGAAUUUGAGGCCAUACAACAAUAGAUAUGACUGAAUCUUCUCUAAUUUCAAUGUCAUAUAUUGUACAGAACACAAUAAUGAUAAGUUCAAACAUGUUGUUGAUCUAAUGUUUGCAAUUUAGUGUUAAUAGUGACAAUGAAGGUGGAAUGCUUGAUAUAACUUUAUUUUUCAUAAUAUUACAUCACUUUGUUUGAUAUUAUAUCACAUCAUUGCAAAAGUAUUGACAUAACAACUUUUAUAAGACAAACAAAAAUACUGUUGCUCAAAAAAGUCAUUAUAUCAAACAUAAAAUUUGUACAAUAUUAUGUUAUAUCAAACAUGGCGCCCAACUAUUAUUUUUAAAACCUUCGCAGUUGUAAUUAAGUCUUCAUCAUUUGAAUGUGUAAAAUAUAGGUUAAUCUUGGCUCUAGGCAUUCUGUUAACUAAACUGAUCGCAUACAAGUAGGGUUUGUAAUCCGGAUCCGAAAUGUUUGAAAUCCGCGGAUCUUCCCAUACUUUCCAAAUCCGUCGUGCAAACCCUACAUACAAUACAAGUGUACAUUUCGAAAUAUUUAAAAUUUAAGUAAGUUUAUGGUAUAAGGAGUUUCCAUUUUGGUACCCAACAGUGUCCCUUAAUAUUCCCUAAGUUAUCAGGAUUUACCUCGCAAUAUUGUUUGAUUUUAAUGCAUUUGUACCGGGAACACCUUGAUAUUAUGUAAGUAAUAAAACACGAUCUUAUUUAAAAAAAAAAAUAUUUUUUUAGUUUUUACUUGCACAGCAUAGGAAUGAUGUUCAUUAAUUUUAAUCCCUUGUUGAUUUGUUUUGAAAUUUUUGCUCUGUUAAACAUUACUGAUUUUUAACGUGAUGAAAUUUUAGUGUCUGUAAAUUAUUUUAUACUGGUUAGACAUGUUUACCAAAAAGUCAAUUUACCUAUCUGAGUAAUGAAUGUCUGUUCUGUAACCUAUUUGUUGGAUAUCAUGUUCACUACUACCUUAGGAUUAGUGUAAUAAACCUGAUUAACAUAU